GUGAAAAUGGCGUCGAGUCAGGGAGGUGUGGGAGCUGUAACGGCUCUUCCAAACCAUCACUUAUCCAACGGACCUCACUGGAACCCGGUGAUCAACCAGCAUCAGCACCAUCUCCACACGACCCGGAGCUUAGACCGCGCUCUGGAGGAUUCCGUGUGCUCAGGAACGUUGAAUCUUAGCGGGAGGAAGCUGAGAGACUACCCUGGACUGAGCUAUGAUCUUACUGAUACAACACAGGCAGAUCUGUCGAAGAACAGGCUCACAGAGAUCCCUCCAGAGGUGUGUCUGUUUGCCCCCCUCGAGUCCCUCAACCUCUACCACAACUGCAUCAAAUGCAUCCCAGAAGCCAUCAUCAACCUGCAGAUGCUGACCUAUCUAAACAUCAGCCGGAACCUUCUUUCAACAUUGCCAAAAUACCUGUUCAACCUCCCUCUCAAAGUGCUGGUGGUGAGCAACAACAAGCUAGUGUCUGUCCCAGAGGAGAUUGGGAAGGCCAAAGAACUGAUGGAACUGGACAUCAGCUGUAAUGAGAUCCAGGUGCUGCCCCCUCAGGUGGGGAGGCUCCAGGCAUUACGGGAACUCAACAUCAGGAGGAACUGUCUUCACAUGCUGCCUGAGGAGCUGGCUGACCUGCCGCUCAUCAGACUGGACUUCUCCUGCAAUAAGAUCACAGAGAUCCCUCCUGUCUACAGGAGACUCAGGCAGCUGCAGCACAUUAUCCUCGACAACAACCCUAUGCAGUCCCCACCUGCACAGAUCUGCCUGAAGGGCAAGGUGCACAUCUUUAAGUACCUGAACAUCCAGGCAUGUAGGAUGGAUAAGAAGCCUGACUCUCUGGACCUCCCCUCUCUGGGCAAACGCUGUCUUCCCCAGCCUCUGACAGACAGCAUGGAGGAUUUCUACCCCAGUAAGAACCACGGGCCUGACUCUGGCAUCGGCAGUGACAACGGGGAUAAAAGACUGUCUGCGACAGAGCCCUCUGACGAUGAUACCAUCAGCCUGCAUUCUCAGGUGUCAGAUACGGCCCGUGCCGAUGCCAUCUCUCUGCUCUCCAAGAUGGACUCAGGCAAAGAUCAGAUCCCCUAUGACUUCAUCGAACCCAACCCAGAGGAAGAUGCUGCCCUGUCAGAGGGGGAUAGGCAGCAGAGUGGACCCUACAUCUCAUGUAUAAAGGAAUUGGAGAAGGUUCUUAACAAGUCACACCAAAGCAAAGAUAAGGAGAACUGGAAAGAGGAGUCUGGCUCUGAUAAAGAUCAGCUAGUUGAAGAGGAUGAGGAUGAGCUGAAGGAGGUGCUGGAUCUGAGGAAGAUCGCUGUCCAGCUCCUGCAGCAGGAGCAACAGAACAGACGACGGUCCUUAAUUUGUAGAGCAGAGAGUCUAAUUCAUCGAAGGAGGGUUGCCGGCCGAGCACACAGGUUCCUCAGUCACUCUGGCAGCUCCAGCAGCAAACAGAGGUCCUCCUGCCAGGCCAUCCGCAGUGCCUCUCUGGAUGAAGGGAGCAGUGGAGCGUCAGUGCUGAGUGGGCAGAACCCUGACUUCACAGACGAUGACACGGCUUUCUCUGAGCCAUCCUCUUCCUGCUCCUUCGAUGGCAGUCUGAAGUCAGAGUCUGACACAGAGCCAAAAUGGCCAGAGGUUCCACCCGUACUCAACCAGAACGAGGAGCGCAGGAGGAACAAGUAUCUGAGGAAAGAUUAUCUAAAGUACAAGUGCCAGAGCGCCCGAAGAAACUCCAGUGGGAAUGAUGAGUGUGAGGAGGUGAUGCGGAAUGCUGAUUUUAGCACCACCCUCACAGUGUUUGGUCUGAAGCCAAGAUCAUCGUUCUGUCGAAGCAGCCGUCAAGAGUCGUCAGACCCCAGUUUCACUAUGAGGAGGAAGAUGGAACACCUGAGAGAGGAGAUGGAGCAGAUUGGCGUCCUACGGCAGAACCUGGAGUCCAGACUGAAGGUCUUACUGCCGGACAAUGUCGGAGCUGCUCUAAUGGAUGGCGUUGUCCUGUGCCAUCUGGCCAAUCACAUUCGUCCUCGGUCGGUGGCCAGCAUCCAUGUACCCUCCCCAGCAGUGCCAAAGCUUAGCAUGGCCAAGUGCCGCAGGAAUGUGGAGAACUUCCUGGAUGCCUGUAAGAAGCUGGGUGUGCCACAGGACAAGCUGUGUUUGCCCCACCAUAUCCUAGAGGAGCGUGGGCUGGUGAAGGUGGGUAUGACCGUUCAGGCUCUACUGGAGCUGCCGGCCUCCAAGCCCACUCAGCUGUCUGCUGUCUAACAGCAGCCUGGACACUGCCUCCACCCCCUGUCCAGCCUAGUCCAAUCCUCCACCACCCAGCCCUUCACCCCACAGAGGAGGGGGCUUCCAGCCUGCUCCGCUCAUCACCGGGGACCAGGGACCCCUUAAGGUCGAGGGCCCAGGGGCUGCAGGGAGUCCAUUGCCAGCUGACUGAGCCAAGAGAGGGAGGGGUUAACUCAGAUCCUCCCACCCUUCCUAUAUGAUGUCAGCUGGGACCCACCUCCCAUCCAUCAGAUUGUUAGCUUCUGUCAUGUCCUCCUUCAGGGGACCCUACUGUACUGUGUGUGUAGAGUACCAGUGUGGCUGUCUGUGUGACCUGCACAGUGUGGACUUUGAGAACUGGUGAACCUAAAGCCAGAUCAGAAGUCAGACUAAGGGGUGAAUCACAGUGAAGAUGAAGACCUGUCUGUCACCAUGGUGAUAUUGACUGGCCAAUUCUCAGACACCAUUGAACCUAGUGGUGCGAACACUGAAUUCACUGGGUUUUCAACACUCUGUAUUAAAGACAUUGGUAGUGAAGUGAUAGCAGUUUUAAAGGCAUUAAAGGCACUCUUUCACUCAGAGAACUGAACUGCAUGCUAGCCGAACCAGCCACACCACAUAACUCAAGUGGUCCUUACACCCUGAUUUUUCUUUUUAGAACAAAUGAGCUUUCAAAGGGGAUAUAUUUGUAGAAGAUCAUUGUGUUAUAUCACAGUAUACCUCUGUUUGAUAUCCCAGAGGUAGAGCUUGAGACAUCCUAAGUGGUGCUUUACCUCAGAGGAGCCAGCAGUAGCCAAACCCCGGUACACACACUUCUUACAGUCUGCAUUUGAGAAUAAUUAUUGUACUACUAAUAACAGUGCCAUUUGGGGGAAGAAUGCUAAGCUUACUUUUAAAAGCAUGGUAUCCAUGAUUCAGAUAGAUUUUCUACUGGAGCACAUCUGUGGUGAAGGGAGGCUGCUCUGAGGUACUGCAGAUGUGGUAUUGGUAGCUCAUCCCUGUACAGUAAACGAGAGAGCCAUCCCACUGCCACAGGACCUUCUCUCAAAUGCAGACCUAGAGACAGAUACUGUGACUGCAUGUAGCUUUGAUCAUACCACAUGUGCUUAUUUGAAUAGGACUCGUUGAAAGCACAUGGUUAUUUAGUUAGGAUAUUGUACCAAAUACACUUACAAUGCUGAGAUUGUAUCUUUUGGUAAUUUGAUGCAGUGAAACAGUUGUUUUUUAAUGUUGACAUAUUUAAUCUUUACAUUUAUAACUUGCUCCUCUGGUUGGAUUCACAACUGCAAAACGUCAAAUAAGGAACAAAACAUAAGCAAUGAGGUGAUCCCAUAGAUGAAUCCUGACCACUGAAAUAUUUUAUCAUGGAAAUUAUUGAUCUAUUUAUUUUUUCUAUUUAUAUGCUUUGUUUGUUUUGUUUUUCACCCCUGAUGACCCCUUAAGUUAUGUGACAGGAGUUUGCAGCUCCAAACUGGUGAUAUUUUCCUGCUUUAAGCUUUAGUGUUUGUUCUUGGCCACAGUUUACAUGUUCACUGUCUAAAAAGCCUGAUUCGGUUAACCUCACAUCGGUUAACCUUCAAAUGUGUUUUUGUGUGUGGUGCAGGAACAAUGGUAGUUUUGUCUGCAAUGUCUGUUUGAUUGAAUCAGUGUUACUCACUGAUAAAUAUUUAUACUGAACAAAAAUAUAAACGCAACAUGCAACAAUUUCGAAAAUGUUACUCAGUUCAUAUACAGUUCAAAUAAGGACAUCAGUCAAUUGAAAUAAAUUCAUUAGGCCCUAAUCUAUGGAUUCCACAUGACUUGGAAUACAGAUAUG